AUGGAACAGCCUGCUAUGUCCUGGCCGGAGCAACUCCCGAAUGCGCUACCGGCCCCCAGCGAAGAGGAGUUCUCGAGUUAUCUCGACUUCAACAUGCCGUUCGAUCUCGAGCACGGACCAGGGAAUAUGCAGCAUUCCCCUCUGCCAACCACCACCGACUCCAUGGCCCAGCUGCGAUCAACCACCAUGCAGUACCCAGGCCAGAUGGAGGGCCUGGCCAUGGACUUCGGAGACUCGCAGUCGCACAACCAAUUGCCCUACUCAACGCCCCAGAUGACCCCGGGCUUCUGCGCCCAGGAACCUGCCAUGGCGCAACCGCACUACGUUCAGAAUGGGACCAUGAUUCCGCCCACCCCGAACAGCGUGGAGAUGCAUGGCAACGCCGCCCGUUAUGCUCAGCGGGUGGAUGGGACCCCGGAGUUGUAUGACGGAUACUCGCGCAUCAAUGAAGAGCAGGUUGGUCUCCCUCCAGUGUCCCCGGCGAUGACUCCCCUGGAGCAGCAAUUCCGACUUCCUGAAUACACGAUCCCUGGCGAAUACUUCACACCACUCACCUCCCCGGCCCUCGAGGCCCAGAACGCCGACUCCAACGGUUAUCAGUUCCAUGCACGACAAGUGUCCGAUGUGGGCUUCGUGCCCACUACCGCUGAAUCGAAUCCGCUGGCGACCACUGCUCCCGGCUCGCCCAGUACGCUCCGCAAACCCAACACCCGCCGGCGGGGAUCGGCCGCCUCCACUCGCUUGAUUAGCGGCCGCAAAGUCAAGCAAUCCCCCAAUAUCUUAGCACAGCGCAAGCGCAGCACCCUGGCCACCAAUUCGGAGGAGUUCUAUAACAGUCUGACGCAGGAGCUGGAUGCCAACGCCACCAAACCGCUCAAUCAGGAUGUCCGCUCGCUGCAGGCCAGCAGCAACGAGGCCUCCGGCCAGGACUCAGUCUCCCCGGAGCCCUUGUCAGAGCCCCUGAUGCCGCCGCCGGCACUCCCAGCCCCGCGCGCAUCCCCAGCCAUUACGCCGCAGUCAUCGUCCCCCGGUGGUGCGGCCACCCCCGCGCUGCUCAUGCGCAUUCAACGGAGCCAGCAUGUCCAGGACCCGUCAGGCAAGUUCGGCCACGCUCAGCUGGCCGGACCUGACUAUCCAGACGAGAUAAUGGAGGAUAUCUCGCUCCCGGAGGCAGCGGCUCCCCAGCAACAGCGCCCGAGACCCAGUCGCAUCGAGACUGCCAUUCGCACUCCCUCUAUUUCCAGCACGCCGCUGCUGGCCCCCUCGCCGGCCUAUGAUCCACCUUCCAACCUGUCCAUUGCCCCCAGUCCCCGUACGACCGCCAUGCCCUCCCCUAGCGGGCCGGUCCCGAGGAGAUCAGACUCGAAGGUGGCAUCGAAUCGCAAACGCGGUAGCCUGAGUUCCACACAUGCCAGCCCACAGUUGCGACCCAAGAUCAGCCCCAGUAUCCAGCCAUUGAUGAAAGGCAACGAGGGCAUGUCCCACGAUGCUCUGUACCUAGCAUCCAAGUCCAACUACCAGCACAUCCUCGACGGCACCCUUCCUUCUGGCGUCAGCUAUCCGGAGGCCUUGGCCGAGAACCUCAGCUCCAAGCGCACGAACCACAAGCUCGCCGAGCAGGGACGUCGCAACCGGAUCAACAGUGCGCUCAAGGAGAUUGAGCAACUGAUUCCGCAACAAUUUAUCGACGCCCGCAAUGCCAAAGAGGCGGCCGAAUCAGGCGGCAAAUCCAACGAGAAAGAGAAGGAAAAGGAAAAGGCCAACCAGACGAUCAGCAAGGCCACUGCCGUGGAAAUGGCCAUCGAUUACAUCAAGGCGCUCAAGACCACCUUGGAUGCCACCACUGCCAAAUUGGCGGUGGCCGAGGCCCAACUGUCUGGGGGGUCCAAGUCCACCGAAAAGCCCGCUUCUGCUUCUGCUUCGGAUUCCCAUGUCGAUGGCAGUACCGAUACCAAGAGCCCGGCAUGA